AUGUCGAACCAUUCGUAUGAUGAACCACAAGGAAAAAUGCGUUCAGUUAACUUUCAAACUAACUUUUGUGCAUCAACUUCAUGCGAUUUGAGCAGCGAAGUGAUCUGUCGUCAUUGUUCACAACAAUUUUGUCAAUUAUGUUUUAUGUGCCAUCGAAAGAAUAUUCUCGAUGAUAUGAACGCGAUUUCGGAACAAAUGGCCAUGAAUCGUCACCAAGGUGUUAGUGAAGUAAUGGCAUUUAUUGACAAACAAGCGAAAGAUGCACAUGAACAAGCGAAGAAACUAGUCGAUGAUGCUAUUGAUCGAAUUGUCAAAGCGAGUAAGAAUAUACACACGUACAUCGAAAAUCGCCGACAAGCGAAACUGGGCCGAUUGGAUGAAUGUUUAGAAAAGUUCGACAAGGAUGCCGAUUAUCUAAAUUCUCAAAUGAAAGAUGAAAUCUUCUUAUCAGCUGAUGCUAUGUUAGCUUACCGACGAAAAUAUGCUUAUAAUAUGUUCGAUAAGAUGACACCAAGUUUGGAAAGACAAGCAACAGAAUUACAAAUGAAAAACGAGAAGUUCUUCGAUGAUUAUCGUUACUACGAAAAUCUUGUUAAUCUUCGAGAAAAAUGGACGUUCCUGCAAGCAGCAUUGACCACUGUCUACUUUCCAGCAAAAAAAGAUAUUUCCUUGGAUAAAGUCUUAACUUUUCUCGAAUAUCGACAUGAUCGUGUCUUGGAAAACUAUCGAGAUCAUUUAUCAACCAGCGAAGAAUCUAAAGAAUUAUUAUCAAAACCAGCUGCCGAUUUAAUCCAUGAAUUAAGCUUUCUACCGAAAAAGAAACUUUCGAACGAAUGGGAAAACUUUUCUUUCAUAACGGAAUCUUCGAACGAGAUUCAUGCCGAAGAACAUGCAUCGGAAUCCGAACCAUUGUCCUCGGAAAUCAAGCAAGAAGUCGAUGUUACUCCGAAGACCGAUAGUGGUCAAGGUGAUGACGAAACAAGUUCAACAUCCAGUCAAAGUUGGCAAAUCGAAGAUGUUGAUGAAGAGGAUUACGAUGCACGAUUUAUGAAAUUAAGCGAAUCAAUGAAGAGUCUCGAAAAACAAUUCGAAAAAGAUUUUCGACCAUUUGUCAAAACUGAUCCAGUUAAUUGA